CGACUCCAGUGCAGGCACGGAUGUUGUGAUCACAUGACUGUCAGGGAGGUGGACAGGCCUCGGUUUAUUGGUCGGGGUAAGAUCACGUGGAAGGCAGAGGGUGAAGGGGUGCGAGACAGCUGCGAUGAUUGGCGGUACUGAGAUUGGGGUGUAGUCACGUGAAGUGGAGGUUGCUGGCUUGGGACAAAUAAACAUGGAGGCCAUCUUCCACGAGAGGCAAGAAGGUUCAUUGUGUGCUCAGCACUGUCUGAAUAAUUUACUACAAGGGGAGUAUUUCAGCCCAGUGGAGUUAUCGUCUAUUGCACAACAGCUAGAUGAGGAAGAGAGAAUGAGAAUGGCAGAAGGAGGCGUUUCUAGUGAAGAGUAUAGGACGUUUUUACAGCAGCCUUCUGGAAACAUGGAUGACAGUGGCUACUUCUCUAUUCAAGUUAUAAGCAAUGCCUUGAAAGUUUGGGGUUUAGAACUAAUCCUCUUCAACAGCCCAGAAUAUCAGAGGCUCGGGAUCGACCCUAUAAAUGAAAGAUCAUUUAUUUGUAAUUAUAAGGAACACUGGUUUACAGUUCGAAAGUUAGGAAAACAGUGGUUUAACUUGAACUCUCUCCUGAUGGGUCCAGAACUAAUUUCAGAUACAUACCUUGCACUUUUCUUGGCUCAGUUACAACAGGAAGGUUAUUCUAUAUUUGUUGUAAAGGGUGACCUGCCAGAUUGUGAGGCUGACCAACUACUGCAAAUGAUUCAGGUACAGCAGAUGCAGCGACCAAAAUUGAUUGGGGAAGAGACUGCACAAUCAAUGGAUCAAAGGGUGCAGAAAACUGAACUGGAACAAGCUUUAGACGUUAACCAUUCCUUUGGUGGAACAGGCAUGUUGGAUGAGGAUGAGGAGAAUUUCCAAAGAGCUCUUGCUCUAAGUCGACAAGAAAUUGAUAUGGAAGAUGAAGAAGCUGAUCUUCGUAGAGCCAUUCAACUUAGUAUGCAAGGAGGCUAUCGAAGUGAGUUUUCAGACUCUGUAUCACAGAAUAUAUCACAGUCAUCUGGUACAAGGAAGUUGUCAGAACAGGACCUUAUUAAAAGAGACAAAGCAUAUUUCAGACAGCCGCAACAGUCACAGCAGCAAGGCCUGACCCCAGAUAGACAUGAUAAGCCAACUACAAGUUCAAAUGCACUAGAAACAGACCCAGGAGGCAAUAUGAGUGAAGAAGACAUGCUUCAAGCAGCCAUGAAUAUGUCCUUGGAAUCUGUUAGGAACUGCCUGAAUACAGAAGAAAAGAAAUGAAAACUUUUUUUGUUGUUUCUUUUGGUCAAAACACUCAAUCUUCAAUGUAAUAUUCUUGUGUGGAAGCUGUAUAAGCAGGGUUCAUUUCAGAAACAUAUGGAAGCAAGGUAUUGUUUUACCACAGAUGCAAACGGCGUGAGAGUUAAAAGAGGAUCUGCAAAUAAAAAGAUUGCACCAGUUUAGAAAUUACGGCCUUGAUAUUGCAAAACACUUCAACACACACAUAACUUUGCUUAUGUGAGUAAUUUUAUUGAUUUCAGGAGGACUACUCAAGUGAGCAAAGUUUUAUGCAAAUAAUUUAGUGCCUUGUAGGCUCAGGGCCUGUGUGUUGAAUGCUUGAAGAAUUGAGCACACAAUUUCUAAAUUACUGCAAUAUUCUUAUCAGUGAACUCAGAUGCCAUUCAAUUUAAUUUUAAAAAUAAAUACAAAAAAGUAAGGCUGUUAAACAUUAAAGAGAAAAUAAGGACAAUUUUUUAAAUGACGGGUAGGCAUAUUUUAAAUGAAACAUUUUAAUUCAGACUCUUUACUUUCUAGAAUAUGAGGUCAUGAUUUUAUGUUUCUCUUGCAAGAAUUAUUGGUGUUUCACUUCCAGAACAGAGCUUUCUGAUCUGCUGUUUUGUGUGUUUCUGUAAGAGAAACCCAAAACCAUGAGGUCUUGGCAGGUAAAAAGAAUUACCUUCAGUAUAUUUGUAAUUAUAAUGCUAACAAAAUUAUUUAAGAUCUUUUACCUUUUUGUAUUUGCAAAAAUUUAUUAUUUGAAAAUCAUCAUUAAAAGAAAGCUCAUGUGAAAGUUUUCUUUCUUUAAGUCAGAUGACUUGGCUCCCUCUUUGUACUCUUUCUGCUGAUUUCUGAAGUUGGCUUUACUGGAGAUGGCACUUCUGUCUGUGAAUGAGACACAGCUCAUGUUGCCAGUUGGGCUAAAUAGUUCAUUUUGGUCUUUACCAUUCCUGUUCUGUUUUUUCUCUUUGGAGUCUGCCCCUUAUCUUGGCCUCUCACCAUUUCUUUUUUCACACUACUAGUAAUAGCAGCUAUCUCUUCCCUAACUAGUUAGUUCAUCAAGCUGUGUAGAAAGGGGGGAAAGAAAGCAGGAAAAAUUUAGA